GAGGUAAUAACAUGACUGGUAUUGCGACUACUACUACUAAUAAUAAUAAUUCCGUAGUGAUUUGAACAAGAGAUAUGCAUCAAGUGAUUCAAGACGUCGUCGUAGAAGUACGACUGUGAAAAAAAGACUAUUUCACACAAAAACACUGUCUCGUUUAAAGUAAUCCACAGUAUAAAAUAAACUUAAAUAUCUCUUUGUUUGUAUAUUGCCCAUCAUAAUUGUCAAUGUGUUCAGUAUACAUAUAUGACUACACAUAUGAAAUAUUUUAUUCAGUGAGGAUUUUUAUAUGAAACUUGUUUUUGUGCUGUCGACUGGAUCAACAACACACCCGGCCAACAGCGAUAACAUUCAUAAUAUUGGAAAUUCUUCUCAUAGAACCUUUAUUGAAACACCCACACACCGACACCCACACCCACUUACAUCAGUUCUCAACUGUGGGCAAUGCUUGAAGAGCUCAGUGUACGUGAAUUAAACAGUGUUCAUACUUCUGGAGGCUGGACACCAUCAAAUAACAGGAGUAGAUCAUCACGUUGCCGUGAAAGUUACUGUUCUGACAUAGAUCUACUACCUCCAUUGUAUAAAACAGUAAUAACUGACAAUCGAUUAAAGGGAAAUAGUCAAUCCGGUGAUAUGACUCCCGUUGUCGCCGUUAGCGAUGAUGAUGCUGAUGUUGAUGGUGAUAACGAAGAAAAUCUUAUGAGCUGGUUAAUGAAACAAUUCAAAGAAAAUGGUUUAGACAGUCAGCAUAAUUUAACUCCAGAUAAUCUUGAUAAAAGUAAUGAUGCAUUUACAGAUUGGAAUGAAAUCAACAAAACACCUCGUGUGGAAAAUAAUCUAUCCAAAGAUGAUACAAGAUCUUCAAUUUCAAGUUUUCAAGGUAUUCUUGAUUCGUUAAAAGUCAAGGCAUCAAAUAGUUUUGUGAUAAUGAAUAACAAAUCGAGUCGUGAUAGCAGAGAACGAUGUGACAGUAGACAACAACAACAACAGCACUAUUAUCCACGAAUGUAUCCACCAGUCAGAGAUUCAUCAACGGAAUCUAGACGAUUGUGUGUGUGUGGCGCAAACAAAUCAGAGGCAUACAUGACGGCAACCAGCUCAAUGAUAAGAAAUUCAAAACAUCAUUGUAAACUUAUGAACGAUCUGUUUCGCCAGAUAACUAUAAAGCUGGGAUCUUUACACAACUGUGAUACACAGAUUAUCGGAGAACUUCAGAAUGCAAGUAAAAUAAUCAAAGACUUGAAGAGUAGGGCAUCAUCUGGACCUGUAACACCCUCGCCUCCUCAAGGCAGUUCUCAACACUAUCAACAUUUAUAUCGAUCAAAAGCAUCAACACCUGAUACUUGUAAAUCGUCGAAUAAUAAUAGUCUGAGAAGGCAAACUGUGAUAAAACAUUUUCCUAAAAUAAAAAGUACAAAUUAUUUGAAUGAAGAUUCUCAAUGGCCUGGAGGUGACAAUAAACACAAACACACGGAUUCAGUGUAUUCUCCUCUACCGGACAAUCGAUUGUCAUAUGAUGAAAAAGAUCAUCAAAAGAGUCCAUAUCUAAAUAGUUUAUUCCCAGCUAUAAAUGAACGUCGUUUAAUUCAAAGAAAAUUUACUGAAUCCCCAUGGGGACCAAUAACAGUUGAAAAAGUCAACAAUUCAUCAACUGACUUUGAUCAUCACCAUCAUCAUCAUCAUCCUACAAGAAUCCCCAAUCAUCAACUAUGGAUGAAACAUGAAAAUCCUUCAAAAUAUCUAAAAUCUUUAAAAAAGUCAUCAUUAAGUACAACUAAUCUAGAUCAAUCAUCAAAUGAGUCGAUUGCAAUUAGUAAUCGAUCAAUGCCAAGAUCUAGACUACCAAGCAAUGAACAAUUUUCAAGUCAAUUGACUUUACCAAUGUAUUCUUCUUCAAAUACACUGAGAAAUAAGUCACCAAUAUCGAAUGUGUUAAACACACCUGAAGAGGUGAAUCAAUCCGCAGAGAAUAACAACUCUAUGAAAUUGUUGAUAAUGAGUAAAGGAAUUCAAUCACUUUUAAAAUCACCAUUCAAAAGAAAGGCAUAUACACCUGGACCAAAUAAUAAUAAUAGUAAAAAUCAUCUCGGGGCAUUGAAUCCAUUGAAACUACAAGGACGAUCAGUUAGUCUGGCUCAAAUUCAUUUAUCAGAUGAAACUUCCACACUGAAAUCUGUAUCCAAUGAUCAACUGAACAAAAGUGGAUACAAAUUAGAUGUACCUUAUAGUAAACCAUUACUGCUUAAGGAACUGACAAAACCCAAGGCUUAGAAGUCAAUAUAUAUAUAUAUAUAAACAGAAACACAUUGGAAAUGUAUUCAUAUAUAUACCUUGAAACUACUAUUGUUUCACUGUGAUUAUUAUUAUUGCUGUUUAUCUUUUUCCUUUGCGUUCCCAGUGUCAAACAUAGGGCACCUUCAAGCUAAAGGGGCUUGAAGUUUCUGUAACAGUGGUGUUCAUUUAUUUCUACGGGAUUGGUUUGCUGCUACCCUGAUACCCAAUCUCAACCUUCCCAUUUUUUUACCAGUCUUAUUACUGGCUUAGCGAGUUAGUGAGUGAGGAGUGCUUCAGUGCUCCCCGACCGGUUGGGCUGGGAAUCGAAACUCGGACCACACUGCGGCGGUUGUGGUUGGCGGCGAGCAUUCCAACGCUGUGUCACCAACGCACCAGAGGUGUCAUCAUCUCAAAAGAGGACCUGAGUUUUUGAAAUUUUUUUCCGGCAGACAGCGAAGUAUAAUUGUGACCUGU